UUCUACGGACCGUUCAGCACUCCACUCUUUUAAAAUCCCGUUAUUUAGCUUUCGUAAUUCAUUUUAACAAAGGUUCUAACGAUUUGUGACGGUGAAGUAGUGAAGUAAUUUAUGUGAAGCAAGAUACAGGAAUCAGGCAACGGUGCAUGGUUCAUUUUCACCGUUUUCUAAUAAAAUAAAGUUGCGAUAAUAUUUUAUCGAUUAACCUUAUCCAAAGUAACAUAAUACCGUUUAUGCUGUUUAUUUAUUAGUGUUGUCUAUUGACCCUGGAAGCUAGCAGUAAAAUUUUCGCGUGGUGGUGUAAUUCAAGACUGAGCCGUGUCUUGGGGAAAAAUAAACCCGGGCACUACGGUGGCCCCAGAAACGCCAGCGCCGGAACCCCAACCACCAGAUGCUGUUGCAGGGGUGCUGGAGAUGACUGGUACAGAUAAUAUCCGCUUUAGCGGUCACACUAUUGACAAGGCUACUAAGGCCAAAGUCACUCUAGAAAAUUUCUAUACGAAUCUCAUUUCUCAGCUCUAUGAGAGGAAACAAAGACUGGAAAAGCUCGAGGAGUCCCUCAAAGAUGAAAGCCUCACAGAGAGCCAAAAGCAGGAAAAGCGUCAACAACAUGCCCAGAAAGAGACAGAGUUUCUCAGACUCAAACGGUCGAGGCUCGGCGUUGAAGAUUUCGAACCACUUAAGGUGAUAGGUAGAGGUGCCUUUGGUGAGGUGCGACUUGUUCAAAAGAAAGACACGGGCCACGUCUAUGCUAUGAAAAUACUCAGAAAGGCGGACAUGCUUGAAAAGGAACAGGUGGCCCAUGUAAGAGCUGAAAGGGACAUCUUAGUAGAAGCAGACCACCAGUGGGUAGUAAAAAUGUACUACAGCUUCCAAGAUCCUAUGAACCUCUACCUCAUCAUGGAGUUCCUGCCUGGUGGUGACAUGAUGACACUCCUUAUGAAGAAGGACACCCUCAGUGAGGAGUGUGCUCAGUUUUAUGUUGCGGAAACAGCUUUAGCUAUUGAUAGUAUACAUAAACUCGGAUUCAUACACAGAGACAUUAAGCCAGACAAUCUGCUACUGGAUGCUCGUGGUCAUAUAAAACUCAGCGAUUUCGGUCUGUGCACUGGGUUAAAGAAAAGCCAUCGUACGGACUUCUAUCGAGAUCUUUCGAGAGCAACGCCUUCUGACUUCAUUUACUUCCCAGUUUCGACGUCGUCGUCGGCGAUGGAUUCGAAGCGACGCGCCGAGUCUUGGAAGCGUAAUCGUCGCGCCCUCGCCUACUCCACCGUGGGCACUCCCGACUACAUAGCCCCUGAAGUGUUCCUACAGACGGGAUAUGGGCCGCAGGCUGAUUGGUGGAGCUUGGGAGUUAUUAUGUACGAAAUGCUGAUCGGCUAUCCACCAUUUUGCUCCGAGUCGCCGCAAGAGACGUACAGAAAAGUCAUGUCAUGGCGUGAAUCUCUCACUUUCCCACCAGAGAUACCCAUAAGCGAGGAAGCGAGAGAGACAAUCAUGCGCUUCUGUUCUGAACCGGAUCGCAGGUUGGGUUCCCAACGCGGCAUCGAAGACGUGAAGUUGGUGCAGUUCUUCCGCGGCGUGGACUGGAACCACGUGCGUGAACGUCCUGCUGCCAUCACCGUGGACGUUCGCUCUAUUGACGACACCUCCAACUUUGACGACUUCCCGGACGUCAAACUUGAGAUACCAUCUGCACCAACUACACAAGACGGCGAGGUGGCGUACAAAGAUUGGGUCUUCAUAAAUUAUACUUUCAAACGAUUCGAGGGUCUUACUCAAAGGGGAACGCCAACCAAAAAGUGAUCGAAACUAUCCAGUACCAACAUCGCCAAUACACCCGAGCUUAUUGCUAACCUAUUAUAGUUAUACAAUUUAAUAUACAAUUUAUUUGCGUUGUUUUCUUUUUCCAUUGUAUAUUGUAUUUGCCCUGCGAAUGUAUUUCCUUGUGUUAAUUCGUUUAUGUGUUCUUAUUUUAUGCGUUCAAGACAAUCUCUUAAUUUGAUUACGGGAAUGUUCGACGAAUUCAGGGCAAACGCACUUUGUACACGUAAUUGUUGAAGUUACAUUUAGACUAGAACGGACGACAUUAGCUCAAGAGCGAUUAAAAUAUAUUGAGAAAAUAAAUAACUCUCGAUUUGACCCGUAACUCUUCGAACAAUUUUCAAAUAGUCUGUAAGGGACUUAUUUUCAUUAGAUAAUUGAUAUGGUUAGUUCAAUAAAUUAUCAUUAAAUUAAAAUAUAUCGAGAUUUUCGGUCUCGAUAUGACUCCUAACCCUUCGAAAACAUUUCAAAUAAUCUGUAGGGGGUCUUUUUAUUAAUUAAUAAUAUGGUUAGUUAUAUAAAUUCAUUAGGAAAUUAUAACUGUCGAUUUGACCCGUAACUCUUCGAACAAUUUUCAAUAAGUCUUUAGGAGACUUAUUUUCAUUAAUUAAUGAAAUGGUUAAUUUAAUAAAUAAUUGUUGUAAUAAUUACCGUUCGAAUGGUUUCGUCGAUUUUUCGAGUAAAAUACUAACUCAUUCUUAUAUUUUCGUAUAAUUAAUGUAUACUAAUUUUUCAAUCAAUGUGACUGGAUCACAUGCCUUAACCACUUAUAUUAAAUUUAAAUUAAUCUACUCUCAUCACAGUAUGCAUUUAAGAAUGAUUACAUUAUUAAUAUACAUAUAGCAAAUGAAACGAAAUGUACGAUGUUUCUGUAUCCAUUUGUGCAAUGUGCGAUUAUCCUGAACUUUAAAUAGAUUUUAUUGUAAAUAUACAAUCACAACAUAUUUAGAGCACUAGUUGAAUGCUUUUUCACCAUAAAGUAUAUUGUCCUAUGUUAAGAUAAUUUAAACCAUUAAUUUAUUUAAAGUCUCUUCUGCAUUGCUCUGUUUAUUUGUAAUUUGACUUCUUAAUGUCUAGAUGGAGUAUAGAUGUAUGCUUAAUUAGACUAAUUUGGAGUUUAAAUAUCUUAACAAUUCAUUUAAUCCCUGUUUUGUCUUUGUUAACAUGAUGUCAACUGUUGUGUAAUAAGGGGUAUUAAAACACGAAGCCUUGUGUGAUAAUAGUAUCACAUGAGUGUUUUAAUACCUAAUUAAAUACACCCAUAAUAUCUAUAAAAGAUUCUGAAAGAAUAAGCUUACUGCUAAAAUAAAGCCAGUCCUAGUCACCAUUACAUCAUCCAAACGAGUGUUGCAAUGAAAACGGGUAAUGUAAUGUUGUACUGAAUUUCAUUACAACACUCGUUUGGAUGAUGUAAUGGUUACCAGGAUAUUAGGUGUUUAAUGUUGGCAAUAAGCUAACUGUUUUAGAAUAUUUUAUAGAGGAUUUAAAGAAUGGGUGUUGAUAAACAAUAUAACGCUACGCAAUCAGUCACUCAGCACAUAUUACUCCAUUUAGACGCAUAUAGACAAAUCUGUUUAUAGUUAUUGGAAUAUUUUUAUUGAUAAUUCAAAUGAAAUAACUGCACACUUAAUUCAUUGUUGAAUUAUUUUGUCAAUAAUUAGAAACUCCACUUGAGUUCUUGUUCGUUUUUUUUUUAAUUUUGUGUGAAUUGGAACCUAGUUGAGUUUCAUUAAAAAUAAUUGUAACUUUAUUUUUAUUAACAAUUGAAUUAAAAAGUAAGAUUUAAAACGUUUACUUGUGAUAUUCUUUGCAACUGCUGAUAAUACAUUCGUAAAGUUAAAUAGUUUUUUUUUAAAUUUUGUUGAUUUACAGACGACACAUGAAACCCUAGUUAAUCUAGUUAAUUUAUAAGACGAGCUUGUCUAAUAAAACAACUUUAUCUUACACAUGACAUAUAAUUUAAAAAAAAAAUUACCCGCAGUGCAAGGAUAUUAGAUUGAAGAAAAAAAAUAAUGAUUUUUUGUAGGAAAGGACUAACUAUUUAUUUCCGGAUGCUUUGUAUCGAAUCGAUUUUGUUGAUCGAAAAUGUUGUAUGAAUUCAUUAGUAUUAAUAACCACAUGACAUUCUAAUUAAAGUUCGAGUAGUUCUAGCCGAUAUGGGAUAUAGAUAAAGUCAAAUUAAAUAAUAUAUUAUUCAAUUAGUUGCAAUCGUUAAAAUAAAUUUAAAUGUAAUAUAAUAAAUCUGCUCAGUAGUUUUGAUUUAAUAAAUACUUGAAUAUUAAUUAGCUAUUGCUAUAUGAUUAUUUAGAUAGAGCUUGACUUGCCGACUUGCUUUGAGAGUAAAGAAUACUCUAAUUUAUAUAGCGAAAUAGUAAAGAAAAAUUAUUUAAGUUUUGCGCCACUAUGAAUCGAAAUGAAUAGUACAAAGCGUGGCUUUACAAUGGCGACAUUAAAUAAACACACGGGUACAACUAUUUAACCGUAGUCAUUAAAAAAAUAUUCAAAAAUAAAAUACAUAAUUCACCUAAAUAAAUUAAAAUUCCAUAGUAUCAUUCUGGAACAACCUGUAAGUAAUGUAGCGGUUCGCUAGCGUUGGCACUGACACCUACUACGUGCCGUCCUAAAUAUAUAUGUAGAUAGGGUUUGUAAUUUAAUGUAAUAACUAUAUUUUACAGUUUCCACUAGUAAUUAUAAUAAUAACUGACUCAAUACAAUUUGGGCAACGUUACCCCUUAGAAUUCACAAUAAGGAAUGCCUAAUUGAACUAAGCGCUCUGGCUUAUAUAGGGCACGACCGUCUACCGUGAUGAUGCUACCAACUGUUAGUUGGCACUGCUGUAGUGCCAACUAACUUACACAAAUCAAAUUAACUAAAGAUCUAAAUAUUUUAUGCUAUUAUAGUUAUUUCAUAGUGAUAAUUAUUUCAAAUAAUGUUUAAAUAUUAACAGUAGUUUGUUAAAUAAAUGUAAUUAUUAAUUGGGAUUUCUUAUCAUGACGUUGGGACACAUCAAGCUGAAAUAUAUAAUUUGUUUGUUUGUAAAUUUCAAAAUUAAAUGAUUUACUAUAAAUUUUAUAGUCAUUUUUUACGAUUAAAGUUAGAUAGCUCUAGCCGUGUGCUCCUUUUAAUGUCCCCAUUAUAGUGUCACCCUGUUUUUUUAUUAAAUAUCGCAAAUUUACCUUUAAACGCAAUCAAAUCAAAUCAAAUUGUCAACAAUCUCUUAGAGUAUCAUAUUAUAUUGUCAAUUCGUUGACGCUGGAUUCAAACGAUUGAUGAUAUAAUUCUCAAGGCGCAGAACUUAAUAGAUCUUGCCAAAGUGCUGAUUCACACUGAGCACAAACAAAUAAUUAAUUCGUACACUGUCAAAGCUCUUGUUAAUGUAUAACAAUACUAGUAGAUAUAAUUAAUGCUCUUCACUUAUAUCACAAUUAUUUAACAACUAUAUGAUACAACACGCUGUAUAGGUUGUAAUAUUAAUGAUGGAACCACACAAUUUUGUUUUUCAGAAAAUUAUUAUUUUAAUAAUUUUUCUUCGCAUAUACUGCAAAUGUAUUUACAUAGUGUAAUUUCUAUUUCUACUUAUCUCUACCAUUUGUAACGUUUCGAAGUGUAUUCUGUUUUUUUUUGUAAUGUUGUCUAUCGGAAAUGUACGCAACGCUGUUUGUCCAAAUAUUUCCAUAUAGUAUCAUAAUUAUUCGAUUUUAAAAUUAUAUUUUGUAAAUAUGUUAACAAAUUAUAGCAUUAUGAUAUGAGAGUUCAAUUUGUUGCGAUUAAAUUCCGUCCAAAUAUGUUUAUUUAAAUAUGUAACAAUCGUGUUUAACAUAUUAAUUAAAAAGUGAAUGAUUGCGUAUAUUUCAGCUAGAGAACUUUUUUUUUAAAUAAAUUUAUCUGUUUUGGGCACUGACGUCUAGUUUGUUGUAAUAAUAAUGUUGUAAUUGUAUUGUCACGCAACAAGCAUCAUUAUUUAAUAAUAUUUUAAUACCACAAGUUGCUCAUAAUAAGCAAACUGUCUAUCAUUAUAAAAAAAAUUGUGUGUACUUAUGUAUACAUGCGAGAAGUUAUACUUCUUUGGCCUAACGAAGCAAAAAUCAUUAAAAUGAUUUAUUGUUAUUGUAAAAACCUUGCCAAGAUGGCUUUGACAUUUAAUUAUUAAAUAAUGAAUACGGCUGUAUAGGCUUGAACCCUAAUAAUGGA